GCGCGCUGGCUCAGUGGGGGCGGUGCAGCAGAGGUUCCGCCUUCUGGGAGGUGCAGCCGUGGGUGGGCAUGGGGCUGGAGCAGUUGGGUGCAGUAAACCGCCUGGCGGGGUCGGUUCUCUGUGGAGUGGCUGCCCGUCAGUGUGCCGCUGCAGUAGCGAUCCGGCGAUCGGAAGGAGCGAGAGAGUGGGAGCGAGACGGGGCUCGCGGUUUCCGCAGCGCCGCCACAGUUAUGGCCCCGAUUAAGGUGGGUGAUGCCAUCCCCUCCGUGGAAGUGUUUGAAGGGGACCCUGGGAACAAGGUGAACCUGGCAGAGCUGUUCAAGGGCAAGAAGGGUGUGCUGUUUGGAGUUCCUGGGGCGUUUACCCCUGGCUGUUCCAAGACCCACCUGCCGGGGUUUGUGGAGCAGGCUGAGGCUCUAAAGGCCAAGGGGGUGCAGGUGGUGGCAUGUCUGAGUGUCAACGAUGUCUUUGUGACUGGAGAGUGGGGUAAAGCCCACAAAGCAGAAGGCAAGGUUCGCCUCCUGGCUGAUCCCACUGGGGCCUUUGGGAAGGAAACAGAUUUAUUACUAGACAAUUCAUUGGUACCCCUCUUUGGGAAUCGCCGGCUCAAGAGGUUCUCCAUGGUGAUAGAGAACGGCAUGGUAAAGACCCUGAAUGUGGAGCCAGAUGGCACAGGCCUCACGUGCAGCCUGGCCCCCAACAUCCUACCACAGCUCUGAGGUGCUGAGCCAGACAUUUCCUCUGCUCUUUUCCGUCAUACCUGUCUCGCCUGGACAGAGGCGGCCCUGGCCCUGCCUUAGCUGUGACCAUCUGAUUUGAAUGCUGGCUGCGUUUCUGCAAUUAAACACUUCUGGCUCUGA